AUGGGCAACUACCUGAGCACAUCCAAGCCCGAGCCGCCACCCCUCGCCCAAGGGCGCCGGAACCCGCGGCCCAGGCCUGCCCACGCCGAUGACGGUGGGCACCGCAUCUGCUCGGGACCCCUCCCGCAGAUGCCGCCCAACUGGGACCCCACCAAGCCGCGGAGGGUGGUCCCUGAGGCAUGGAGGCGCUUUCCCGCCAAGCCACCUGCUGAGACAGUCCUGGGGCCGGAUCUCUCCGGCGCCUGGGAGAGUUACAUGAAGCGGUGGCUUUGGAGUGCCCGCCACCCAAGACGGAUCUGGAGCCCUGUGACGGUCAGGAUCGCGCCCCCUGAGCGCAGAGGGAACCCCUGGGUGUCCCAGGCACAGGGGCACGGCGCCUGCUCUGCAGGGCAUCCACUAGUGGAGGAGCGCCCAGACCCUUGUGCCAAGGAGACCGUGCUGAGGGCUCUCAGCCAGUGCCAGAAGGGGAACAGGAAGUUUGACGGGCCCCUGUGGUUUGAGAUUCCAGAGAGCACAAGCAGGAGGCGGAACCCGGAGCCCAGGCCAUCUGCCUUUAAGCCCCUGAUCAGAAAUGGUGUGGUCCCUUCCUUUGUGCCCAGACCAGGGCCUCUAAUCAGAAGCCUUCACUCCUGGAGCUACACUGUCUGCAGGGAGGACGCUGACCUCGAGCCUGAUGCCCAGCCUUCACUGUCUGCUACCCACCCCGCGGCAGGGGCGGUGUCAGCCCAGGGCCCAGAUCCUCAGCUGCAGAGCUGGGAGAAGAUGCAGUACUCCAGGGGCCUCCCACCUUCCUACAGUGCGUAA